AUGAGGUCCCCAUGGGCAUUUUUCGCAGUAUGGCUGUGUUGCAUUAGCGGUCUUCAUGCAAUUGACUGUGACUUCGGAGAUGCGCAUGGAUUACUCAGCGGGAAUGCCCUCGUUCACUGCAAUAUGGAUAUGGGCUUAUUGGGUUCCGCAACUGUGAUAUGCCCCCGCCGAGUAAACGGCACUGAUUAUGGCUGGCAUCCCCAGCCAAGUAUUGGUGGUCAGGCUCAUCUUAAGACGUACGUGGGUGAAAAUAAUAAGCUUCGUUCCGUUGCUCUCUCGAAUAUAAUACGCACUGAAUCAAGGCAUAAUCUCGUAUGGUUGGAAUCUAGUCGCUCUCAAACUACUCUGCGCCUCGAUUUGCCAAGAGAUGAAUUGUUCGCUAUGACAGAGCGCCGUUUGAUAUUCAUCUGUGGACCGCGAGAUCUGGUUCUGACUAAUGAAUUGCAGCGUCACAUCGACAGCCUCAAUGAUUCUCGUCUCAUGGUAGAACUUCCUUGGACCUCUACUACGCCUUUGGCUCAUGAAAUCUCAAAGAUUGGAACAGGUUUGGGAGUGUACUUCUUGUACAGAGACCGCGUUCAUCUACAUCUUCAAGGUUGCGGCAGCCGUCCUUCACCUCUGUUCGCCCCGGAUAAUGAAGUGACCGUGGAUCCCAUCACCGGAACACGUUCAUGCGUGGCAGAUCCCAUGUCAGAAACGCCCAUUGGGUUCCUCUGCGAAGGCAGGAUUGAACCUGCGGAUUGCAUGAGAUCACUCUUGGACGAGAAUGGCGAAGUUGUGAAGCCUCCUCGGCCACAUUCGUAUAGGAAAUUCGAUAAAGUUCAGCGUUGGAGGGUAGCACGAUAUUUUAAUGACUUAGCACUCCCUAUGUUCACUGGCGAAUGCAGAUGCAUAGGUUCCGACACAGGUGAGUUAAUGGCCAGGAUCGAGAUUCGUCCCCAAACCGAGUACGUUUGUGACAUUUCCAGCUUGAUCGAGCGCAACAAUGCGAAUCCUAUCAACGGCCCUUGGUGUUCGGUGGUUCUCCAUCCCGGCAGCACCUUGACCAUACGGUUCCCAACAGCGGAUGUCCAUUCGGCGUCUAACGAUGCAACGCAACUGCUGCCUACUGAUCAAUUCGAAGCUGAAUUCUUGCCGAAAGACUUGACCACACUGCGGCAACUUAAAACGGCGUAUGACUUUGAUGUGUACGAAGAAAUCUCAUACAACGAAGCGCUUGCAGGCGAUGCCCUCGAGAUGGAUGUUUCCCAAAUGGCCCAGGGUGAGGUAAAACUGAAGUACCAUGCGGACAAACCUCUCGCGUUAAAGGGGGGUCACAACUCGUUUUUGUAUCACUGGAGACUGAAAUCCACGAAUGAGGAUGUUCCAGAUAAGAUACGCGCCAUCUUCAAACUGUCCCUUGCGUUGACGCACCCCUACCACAUCAUUGGUAGUGACCGAGGUCUACGGAGUGUGUUUGAUCUAGAGAUGAGCAGGGAACAUUGCUCGGUAAGAUUCAUGGGAAAUGGAAUAGGGAGUGUUUAUGAAUGCAGUUCACCUAUAACGGAGGGCCUUGGGCUGGCCGGUAUUCACUGCAGGCCAGGCGAAGAACUAAUGCCGGGUAAUUGUGGCUCCAUGGGAUACGAUCUCUACAAUAGUAGGAUAAUCUCAAUUCCAGGAUCCCUGCAAAGAAGCACGCCUCAAGCUAUUCCAGGAUUCCAGGUGUUCAAAUUAAACGCAAACGAAUAUAGCAUGGCCACAUAUGCUUGCAUGUGUGUCGACAAACAGGGCUAUGAAACGUCUAGGCUUGUUUUGGAACCCGUCUAUGAAUUAAUGUUUGCGUAUAAUCAUCCCAAUGAAAAGCGGUACAACAGAAUACUCGAAUCAAUGUUGAGACCUCCUCUUAAGGUUCAAUUAUUAAUUGAAGUGUUCAGAUCAAGAAAACCUCUUAGAAUACACAAUGCACACCUGGAGCGCAUUACACUAAUUGAAGGUGCAGCAUUGUCGCUGUCUUGUGGAAACGGUUUGGAUGGGUUUCGCAUACUAAACCUUUUUAAGACCCAUGAUAGCCAGCAGCGGUCGUUGAAAUGGCUACCAGAACUACCUGAUGAGUUUCAUUAUAGUGCUAACAAGACAGCAGAUGGCCUUGAACUUGUUCUUGAAAGGUACAAUGAUUCAAUAGUUACUACACCGGGAGGUUUUUCUGUUAUGCUUCAUGAUCUCUCAACAGAAGAGCACCUUUUGAAGAUCACAUCGCAUGUAGGCGCCAUACUCAUCUCCAAAAAUCGGUUUCACAAGCGAUACGUGCCCAUGAUGUUCGUAUGCGGCAAAGUGCCCGAAACAUCGAAAAUUUCGGCCUUCACUGGGCGUGCAUCAACUUCGGGCGCAUCUCCACAUUCAGUUCCCCAUCUCUUAAGAACAUCUUCAGAGCACACGUGGUACGUCGUUGAAGUUGAUGUCAACACCACUGAUCCCUAUAUGCAAGGCUGCGGCGUCACAUACGCAUCAGACGAGUUGUUCAAGCCUGAGACGCCCCCACUCUACGACGCUGAAGGGCAGUCGCAGUUCGGUUGCAAGAUCGAUCUUCAAGCUGCCAGGGAAGCGGCGUUCUACUGCCCAGCACCGUACGUCCUGGACCCACCCAACUGCUUCCGCCAAGUCUAUGUCGACGGCGUUGUCAGGAACAUAAACGACCUCAGCCAGUCAUUGGUGGUGUCGCGAUCCAACCACUUCGUCAUCCUGCGUUUAUACAGUUCGCUCAUAGGACCCGGAGAAACGCUGCGCCAGGCACCGCCAUUGGAGUGCCGCUGCAUCACCGUCAAGGGCGCCAUACUCUCCACCAUACAGAUCGAGAACUACUACUCGAAGUGA